GGUCUCUCUCCCGGUGAACCGGAUGCGCUGUCAGUCUCCUCCUCCGUGUCCUCGGCCUCCACCCAGCUCCUUCGCUGAGCCCUUGCCACCCCGAGGCCCCAGUCAGGAGACUCCCAGCGGCUGGCCUGGCAGGUGUGGGGCGCGGUAGGAGCUGGGCGCGCACGGUUACCGCGCGUGGAGGAGACACUGCCCUGCGGCGAUGGGUGCCCGGGCUUCUCCUUCACGCCGGAGACAGGCGGGGCGGCGGCUGCGGUACCUGCCCACUGGGAGCUUUCCCUUCCUCCUCCUUCUGCUGCUCCUCUGCAUCCAGCUCGGGGGAGGACAGAAGAAAAAGGAGAAUCUUUUGGCUGAAAAAGUAGAACAGCUGAUGGAAUGGAGUUCUAGGCGUUCAAUCUUCAGAAUGAAUGGUGAUAAAUUUCGAAAAUUUAUAAAGGCACCACCUCGAAACUAUUCUAUGAUUGUGAUGUUCACAGCUCUACAGCCUCAGCGGCAGUGUUCUGUCUGCAGGCAAGCUAAUGAAGAAUAUCAAAUAUUGGCUAACUCCUGGCGCUAUUCAUCUGCUUUUUGUAACAAGCUGUUUUUCAGUAUGGUGGACUAUGAUGAAGGAACUGAUGUUUUUCAACAGCUCAACAUGAACUCUGCUCCUACAUUUAUGCAUUUUCCUCCAAAAGGCAGACCCAAGAGAGCUGAUACUUUUGACCUUCAAAGAAUUGGAUUUGCAGCUGAACAACUAGCAAAGUGGAUUGCUGACAGAACAGACGUUCAUAUUCGUGUUUUCAGACCACCCAACUACUCUGGCACCAUUGCUUUGGCCCUGUUAGUAUCGCUUGUUGGUGGAUUGCUCUAUUUAAGAAGGAACAACUUGGAGUUCAUCUAUAAUAAGACUGGUUGGGCCAUGGUAUCUUUGUGUAUAGUCUUUGCUAUGACAUCUGGCCAGAUGUGGAAUCAUAUCCGUGGACCUCCAUAUGCUCAUAAGAACCCACACAAUGGACAAGUAAGCUACAUUCAUGGGAGCAGCCAGGCUCAGUUCGUGGCAGAGUCGCACAUUAUUCUGGUACUGAAUGCUGCUAUCACCAUGGGGAUGGUUCUUCUAAAUGAAGCAGCAACUUCCAAAGGAGAUGUUGGAAAAAGACGGAUAAUUUGCCUAGUGGGAUUAGGCCUGGUGGUCUUCUUCUUCAGUUUUCUACUUUCAAUAUUUCGUUCCAAGUACCACGGCUAUCCUUAUAGCAUAUUUGCUGCUUCAGUUCUUGCUGCUCCUUCCUGAAGAUGUAACCUGAAUAUGGGACCAUUUACCUUCAACCUGAAGAAUUUCCUCUAAUAUUAUGAGCCUUCUGUGAGAAAUUUGCUCAGCUUUUAUUUUGCUUUAGUUUUGAAAAAUACUUCUGCUGUCUAUAGAGAUCUGAUUUUUUUUUUUUUUUUUUUUUUGCUGGCUAUAGAAAUCUGAUUUAAUAAUUUUGAAAAAAUGCAUAAAAAACAUCACUUUAUUGUUUUUUGGCUUCCAUUGUUUUUGAUGAGCAUCAAGAAGUCAACUUUUACUCUUUAUAUUGUUCAACUGAAUUUAGUAAUGUGACUAUUCUCUGGCUGCUUUUACUGUUUUCUCUUUGCUUUUAAGAUUUUUGUGUUUGAACAGGUUGGCUGAUGUUUGUAAGCCUCAAUGUGGUUUUCAUUGUAUUUGUCCUACUUCAAGUUCACUGAGCUUUUGGGAUUUUUGGAUACCUGUAUAAUUUUUGUAAAAAAAAAAGUCAAUCAUUGCCUCUCAUUCCUUUCUUUUAUUCAUUCUUUAUCUCUUGUGACUUCAGUGUUAGUUUAUUUAUAUUAUCCUAUAAAUUUCUGAUACUCUAUAAUUUUUUUCUCUUGGUUCAGUUUAGUUUAAAUUUACUUUGAUUCACUAAUGCUGCCUUGUAUUAUGUUUAAUUUUCUUUCACACCUCUGCCCAAUAUACUUUUGAUUUCAAAAAUUGUAUUUUUUAGUUGUAUAGUCUUUUAGUUCUUUGUAAAUUUCCAUUUCUAUAUGUAAAAUGACAACUUGAUCGAUUCUUUGCAUUUUUUGUACUAUCCUCAUUAACAUAUAUGUGUUAGUUUGUGUUAAACCUCCUAUGCUAAUUCAGUCAUGUAGUUCAUCUCUUGUUUCUCCUGGCAAUUUCUGUUUUGUUGAUUUUGGUUCUUGAUUUGGCUUCUUUACAAGUCUUAAAAUGUUUAUUGUAUGCUUGAUACUAUGGAAAAAACAACAGCUGAGAUUAAAGUUGAAAUAUAUAUAUA